AUGGAGGAAGAUCCUUUCACGGAGCUUUCUCCCGAUGCCAUUCGUCGUGCCGAUGAGGCCAUCGCAAACUAUCUUGCGUCUUCUGAAGUAGAUGCAACAGUGGAAAGCCCGAUUACAAUGUUCAUCAAGGGGGAGUAUCAGUCUCCCACCGGCGUUAUGACAGAUGCUUCGCCGAAGGAACACUCCAUGGAAAGUGGCGAUCCGAGGGCCACCGAAAAGUCGCACGUAAAGGUAGCAAAAAAAGGGGGCGGUGAUGUCUCGAAGAGGAAACUCACACCAACAAAGCACCAUGCACCCACCCCCUCAUCUGUUGCCUCUAUUUGCCCCCCACUGAAGCGGUCUUCCAUCCCAGCAGGGGAUGGAAAGUACGUGCUGAAUGGAACUGCCCAAGUCUCUGGGAAAGGUCGCACGAAGAAGCCCAUUCCUCCUGACGCCGUAAUUCUCACCAUCGAUAGUGACAGCGAGGGUGAAGAAGAAGACAGGAAGCUGCCAGCUGUGACCAAAAAAGUCAAUGUGAAGAAAGAACCCGAGUGGAAAAGAGCUAGUGUCCCCGGAAAGAAAGUGGUUGUUGACGCAAAUAACAAGGUCACCGUGAAUGGAGGAUACGAAGACUGGCAAAUUCGUGCCAUUAAGAAAGAGAGAGCGGCGGUCUACGAGGAAAUCAUGAAGCCACCUCCACCUCCACCUGAUGGCUGCUCUUUUUUACCUGCUGUGAAACUCCAGACAUCUGGCCGUACUAGCCAAUCUACUGCCACUGCCACUCUCCCUACUGUCCAGCCUGCACCCACUAGAGUCCAGCGAAGCAGGCACAUGUCACAACGACCCAUCCAACUUGACAGUUCCUCCUCCAGUGAGAGCGAGGACGACGAUAGCUCAGUGGACUCGAUGGAUGGCUUCGAUGAUGCAGAAAAGGAAAAGAUGAAAAGCAUGAGCCCUUAUUUCAGAACCCUGUAUGCCAAAGAGCUUAAGGCGAGCAGCCAGACUGACCAGUCAGCAAAAAUGCUAAAAGACAAGUUUGCCUGGUACAGCAAAAGCACCCAAUACAAUGGCUCAAAAGAAAACAUCCCGAAGAACUACUUGGCCCGUAAGAAGAAGGAGUGGAAACAGAAAGAGGCCCAAGCACAGGUUCGACACCUCUUGGCGAAAGAAGAGAAGAAGAAGAUCAAAAGCAACGAUAGCAACAACAACAGCAAGAAGAAAAAGAAGCCAGUGCGCUCUAAAUCUCUUGGGCCAACGUUGAAGUUAGGAGAGUGGCCGCAAUACUGGGCAUCCGAGAGCAUGUUUCAUGCCAGAGCAAUUGGCAAUCCAGGUGCAAAAGGUGUGCAUUCCACCCUUGCUGGAGGGGCUGCCACACCCGACUACAGGAUUCCAGCAUUGAGGCUUAAGUCCAGCGACAGAGCAAGUAAACAGCGACUGCUCGAGGCGAUGAAAGUCCCUGCUCUCAAGCUUCUGGCAGCAAUGACAAAAAGCACCCUUGCGCAAGACAAAACUCUCCUUUAUCACUUUGUGGAUGUGAACGCCAAUAAAGAAGCCAACCCUCCUACCCCCGUGGAGAACUGCGUGGCAGCUCUCAUUGCCACUCUUGUGGAUCUGUACAUGGACUAG